ACUAAACCAAAUGCCCAGUUGGCUCCAAGGGAUUCUGAUGGUUAUAGUCUUCUUCCCAGGAUCCCAUCAUCUGUCCUUCGUGGCUCGUCCAACUGAAACACCUGUAAUGUUCGUGUUUCCGCUUGAAGUCUGCACUGCACCAUAUACAGUAGCAUAACCCGGGGUUAAAUGGGUUGACAGAAGGUCAACCACACCUUAUUGAAAUGGUCCACCAUCUACAGUUUAGUCAACAUGAAUCGAUAUACAACAGUCAAACAACUUGGAGAUGGAACAUAUGGCUCUGUCAUUCUUGGGAGGAGUGUGGAAUCAGGAGAGCUUGUGGCCAUUAAGAAAAUGAAAAGGAAAUUCUACUCCUGGGAUGAAUGCAUGAAUCUUCGUGAAGUAAAGUCGCUGAAGAAACUGAAUCAUGCAAAUGUCAUAAAGCUAAAGGAAGUCAUAAGAGAAAAUAACCAACUCUACUUUGUUUUUGAGUAUAUGAAGGAAAAUCUCUACCAGCUAAUGAAAGAUCGGAACAAAUUAUUUCCGGAAUCUAUUAUCAGGAAUAUUAUGUACCAAAUUCUUCAAGGGCUUGCAUAUAUACACAAAUACGGGUUUUUUCACAGAGACUUAAAACCUGAGAACCUCCUUUGCAUGGGACCUGAACUUGUGAAAAUUGCAGAUUUUGGACUAGCUCGAGAAACUAGAUCAAGGCCACCAUACACUGAUUAUGUGUCAACCAGAUGGUAUAGAGCUCCUGAGGUUCUCCUUAGAGCCACAAACUAUAACUCCCCUAUAGAUAUUUGGGCAGUUGGCUGUAUCAUGGCUGAAAUUUACACACUUAGGCCACUUUUUCCAGGCUCCAGCGAAGUUGAUACCAUUUUCAAAAUUUGUCAAGUGCUGGGAACUCCAAAGAAGAAUGAUUGGUUUGAAGGUUUCCAGCUUGCUUCUGCAAUGAAUUUUCGCUGGGCCCAUUGUGUACCCAGCAACCUAAAAACCUUGAUUCCAAAUGCUUGUGCAGAUGGGAUCCAAGUCAUGCGAGACAUGCUACAGUGGGAUCCCAAGAAGAGGCCAACUGCAAGCCAAGCUCUUCGGUAUUCUUACUUUCAAGUAGGACAGACGCUAGGAACAUCACCUCGAAUACAUGAGUUGUCCAAACAGCAAAAAGAACCUCAUGAAAAACAAAUUUCGCUUCAAAUCAAACCUGUGCCUCCAACUCGGCCACCACCAAAGCAUCGACUGCCAUCACGAGCAUUUCAGCCAAGUCAACCAUAUGCCAAUCCUUUUAAACAAAGUCCAUCCUGGACCGAGCCAUUCAGUCUUUCUCAAGAGAAGGACAAAGUGGGUCAACCACAUCUGCCUGCAUUAAGUACCAGAGUACCACAGAAAGCCGCCUCUGAUACAGAGAGUGCUAAUGGGGAGCUGAAUUUAAAGACCAGAAGAAGAUGGGGUCAUGUUACUAAAACAAUCAAGGGAUCUGAUGAAUGGGAUGACUCCGAUGACGAUGUCCAUUUUUCAAAUCCUAGAACUGAGAUUAAACAGAAUGAAAAACAAAAUGAGGAUGCAGUCCACAGCUUUAAAAGUAUAGUGGAUUUAAAGAAUGCAGACAAUGGUUCUGCUGGGUCAGAACUCAACUCGUUCGCUCAGCAAGAUUCUGCUACUUCCAGAAGAGCCUCGGCAGCAAAACAACAUUACUUAAAGCACUCCCGCUAUUUGCCUGGUCUUACUAUCAACAACAGUGCAGGCAAAUCCUCAAGCAGUGAUUCUACAAAUGUUUCAAAUCCGUGGCCAAUUCCUCUUCAGCCCAUUAAGCCACUGGGCUUGGCAUCUGAGACCAAUAGCAGGCUUUCAGGUCAGAAAGGAAGCAGUGACCCAGUUUCUAGUUAUCUGCCAGCCUUUUUGAAAAAAGAUAUUGGCUAUAUUGGGCAGAAGGUGCAGUUAGCUCCACUUACAGAUCCAACUCCCAAUUAUGGAUCCCUGAGGUCUGUUGGAUCAUUUCUUGGUCCUCCUUCUUUUCGUUCACCUUCCAAAGGCACACAGAGGCUGACAUCCAAACCAGCACCUCCUGUGUUUCCAGUUCAUGGAAGAACAGACUGGCUUUCCAAAUAUGGAGGGCACAGAUCGUAAAACUGAGAACUUUUUAAAUUUUUUUUUUUUUGGUCAGUGCCAACCAUGCAUUUCGGAACAGAGGUCUACAUUUCUUUCUGUGGAGCUGGAGAAAGAGAUUAUUUGGCUGUUUUUUUUUUUUUUUUUUUGUUUGUUUUUUUUUAUCCAGAUGUCUUUCCCUGUUGAAAACUUUUAUUCAGACUCUUAUUUUAUUACUGUUUUUAUUUACAAUAUGUGUUCAUUAAGCUAUUGAACAGUGGUGUCUUAGAUGUCAUGUUUUGUUCCCACUAAACUGGCAAAAAGUCUUACAAGAAAAACUGAAGUAUUUAAACUGAUCGGGGUCAGUUUCCUUUUGAGUUUCUGCUCUACAUUGCUGGUCUAGCUCCGCACAGCAGAUCUUUCUGAGUAAAUUAAGGACAACUUGUCACAUUGCACUGACUCAGCCCUUGGGAUUAUAUGGCAUUGCCCCUCUCUCUUUUCAGCCACCGCAACACUUAAUUGUAGCUUGCUCCAUACUAGAGCAAGUCAUAGUUAUAUUAGUGCCUUAAAGUACUGAAAUAUAGCAUUACCAGCCAAGGGGGGCAACCAAUCUCAUGGAAUAUAACUCACGUUGUGUCUGAAUCAUAAGUACGAUUUACCAUUUAGUUUUUGUACUAUUCACUUGUAUGUAUUUUUAUAAAGAAAACUAUUUAAGCGUAUAAUCCCUGCUUUGCUUUGUUAGUUGGUUUUUGAACCAGUGACAUGCAUUAGGGAAUUACAUUUUUUUUAUGUAUAGAAAAGGCAAGGGAGUCCAUAUAAUAAAUAUAUCAUUUUGCUACGUGACUUUGGUAGAGCAAACUGCCUGACAAGAUCUCUGCCUGACAAGACUGUAUUCCCUGCAAUGCUGGUUAUUGCAGUAGUGAUGGAGUUGUGCCAUGGGUCCAGACUUAAAGUAUAUGAUGUGUUCAUAUACAGAAGAGUACCUUACUAAAGUAAUUCCUAUAAAGAGUACAUACUAGCACAAUAUAUCAUUUGAAUAUUAAACCCACUUUUUUUUGUUUGCUGACAGUUAUUCAGACUGUUUGCAGGUGACUAGGCCUUUGUUUAUUAACAGAGGUGGAAAUUUGACCCUGUGCCUUUGGUGCAGUAGGCUGAAUGGGGAAAAAUGGCUGACUGUGGCAUAUGUAAAUCAAGAUAGAUAGCAGGAUAUGUAGGUAUACUCUGCUUUUGUAUGUGGCCUGACCCUUUAAGUGAGUCCCCACAUUGUAGAAUUGUGACAAAGUUGGUUUAUCCACGUGAAAUGCAGCCAGCAGCUCCUUAUGAACAAGUAUCCCUAACUACACUUAUUUCCUUUUGUUGUAAAGUAACAAUUAUUUGACAUUUUGGGGAAAGCCAAUGACUGUACCAAAAUCUGAUAGGUAGGUAAUCAAAUUUACAGACUACUGAUAAACUGCCUCCUCUUCCCACAUCUGCCCUGAAAACAGCUUGUCCUGAAACAAUUGAAACAAUAAACACCAUCUAUGCAGUGGUGUAACUAUAGAGGAAGCAGAAUCUGUGGUAGCGGGGAGGGGGGCCCAGACUGCGGGGUCAGUUCCUCUAUAGCCACUUUUCUAUGGGAGAAAUUUGCAGGUCUGCUGCCUGUUUGAGAAGGUGCAAAUAAUAACAGGCAAUUAGUAUGUACUUCAUUCAUAUCAUAGUGAACAGGGGUGUGUGCUUCUUGUUUAAUCACUUAUAUGAGCACAUUUCUGCACACAUUUAAUGUAUGGGCAAUUCACAUUUCAUGUAUGGGCAAUUGUUAUACGUGGUUCUACGACCCUAACUUAGUGCAUGCAUUAUAUUUUUACCAGAUAUGAGUGGGCGUUACAUCAGGCAUGGCAUUACUCACCGUGUUAUUGGCUUGGCUAUAGUAUGCUUUAAGCCCCUACUACUGUGCACUUAGGGGCAUAUCUAUUUACACUCGAAAUAAACAUCACUGGUGAUAUUGCCCAUAGCAACCAAUCAGAUCUUUCCUUUUGUUUUCUAAUUGCUGAUGGUUGGGCAACAUCACAAGUGAUGUUUCUGUCCAAUGUUAAUAAAUACGCCCCUUAGUAUGCAGAGUUCUUAUUCUAUGUUGUACACACGGGCAUUUCUCUGUGGAUUUUUCCUGCAUUCCAAUGCAGGGAAGUGCAAUUCUUUCUUUAUUGUCUGCCCGUAGUGGCACAGGAGCAUUGAAGAGCCAAACGCAGAUGGAAUUCAACAUGAUCCAUUCACCUGCGUUAGGCGCUUAUGUCAUAAUGGGCAGAUAUGAAAAAAUAAAUUUGUGUUUCGUCCUGCACCCCCCUGUGGUGGAACACAGGAAAAAUCCACGGCAGGAUGAAAAAUGCUAUGUGUACAAGCUGUUGUUAUAUUUCAGUAAGUUAGCAUCUAUGUGCCACAGGGAAAUCCUCACACCCCCUGAUCUAAUUAUUGAAGAAAUGAUUUGUAGUGCCAUUUGCUAAUAUAAUAUUUUCAUAGGUAGCUUGGCAAUGUAAACAAUAUAGUGCCAAACUUGUGUUUUGCUUUCCAUUGCGCCAACAUGAAGGAAUGCCUCAUGACUUUUUUUGUUUGUUUCUCUAUAAACAGUUUAAAUGGUGUCAAGCCAUGCUCUGCAGCUUUUGGAAGCUAAAAAAAAAUCUCAGCAGAUCUUGGAAGCUGAUGUUUACAGAUGCACAAACAUUGCUAAAGCAGAAACAGUAAUGCAUUCAGAGGUAUAAUGACCAUUUAUAUUUUAAAUACAAGUUUACGGUUGUAUUAUGGUUGCUACAAGAGAUAUUGUUUUGCAUUUACAUGCAUAAAUUUUUCUACUAGUUUCACUUUUCAAUAAAAAAAAAUAUUUCUAUUAAA